UAAAUAGUGUGGUAGAGAUAUACUAUUCUUGGAAAGGAGUCUCCCUGUCAGGCGAAGCUCCUGACAAGAAAUAAGACUUGCUAUAAAUAGUGAAGCAAAAGAAAAUUGUGUUGCGCCCCCUAGUCAAAAUUGUAUAAGAAAAUGUGACAUAUUUUAAUAAAUGUAAUUUUCUUCUGCCAGACAUGUUGGCAAAGAUGGAGCCAAGAGCCGGUGGGAGCUGUGAUCUUCCCGAGGAGUCUCUUAGUGACCAUUAUGACAUCCUCAAUAUCAUCAGUUACGGCAGGAUGGGCAAGAUAUAUUUAGCGGCUACGCGAGUGACGGGGAUGGAGGUAGCUCUGAAGGCUAUAUGCCGAGACAUGUGCAGGCGAAGGGAUGUCCAGCGUGAAUACCACUAUGCUUCACACCUCAACCACCCGAACCUGGCCUCUGCCACUGCCCGGCUCUUCCAGACAGAUCUUUACAUUGUGUUCCCCAUUGAAUAUGCGCCCUAUGGGGAUCUGUGGUCUCAUCUGAGUUCAAGAACCAUCGAUGAGGUACAAACUCGUUGGGUAGCGGAGCAAGUAGCCAGUGCCCUAACUUAUCUCCACGGGUUCCAGCUGGUGCACGGAAGCAUCACCCCUGACAACAUCCUCAUCUUCAGACCCAACCUUUCAAUAAUCAAGGUCACUGACUUUGGCUCUACAUGUCGGGGUGGAACAUUUAUGCGCCGUCAGCAUUUAGCUGGACCAUAUAGCCCACCAGAGCUGAGUCGUGGGGAGGGUGCUGAGGGCUAUUAUACUGGAAUCUCGCUUGACUCGUGGGCUUUGGGUAUUCUCAUCAUUCAUUGCUUAACAGGAAGCAAACCUUGGGCCACUACUGAUGUUACCGACCCUGAAUAUGCUGCCUUCCGAAACUGGCAACAGGUAAAGUCUAUCAGGGUGCCAAGGACUUUCAAAAGGUUCACUGUUCGUCUCCUACGUCUUCUGCGUCGUCUCCUCGAACCACAUGGAUGGGCACGAUAUCCUGCUAAGGAAGUAUUCAAGUACCUAGAAGAUGACUGGUUGAUAAAAUCCCGUGACAGGAGUGACAGUCAAGAUUUCAAUUCAUCUCUGGUGUUGAUGCACCACCCUCAGUCAUACUCUUCAGUAAAUGAAGACCCAAAGGACCCACAGCAAGAAUGUGACACUCGGGAGCAGCCAUCACAAGGCAGGGUCUCAAGCCCAAGACGUUUCUUGGCUGAACUUCUACGGUUCACUUCCCCGAACUCCUCGGCCAAGCACCGCCGAAAAAAUCACUCGUGGCACAAAUCCUCAUGCUCCUCAUCAUCUUCCUCAUCCUUCUCAUGGCUCAACUCUUCUUCCUCCACAUCUUCAUUCAGUACCUCAACCAAUUAUUCAUCUGUGUGAUUUUGGUGAUAUGCUGUUACAACAGAAUCAAAAUAAAACUCGAGUACAAGUACCAUACAGUACAGUAUAUAAUGUUUUGUUAAUAUAAAUGCGCUAAUGACGCUUCUGUAAAAUACAAGAGCUAUAUAUAAAUGGUUAACUGUACAGUUUAAUAAUCAGAGGGUAAUUAAUUGCCUUUAGAUAUUAGAUACACCAUUCAUAAGUUUGUGGUUAUUACAAGUUAAUAUACUUGAAGUCUAUCAUCUUUAGUGUUCUCAACGGGAACAGGAAGCUAGUGACUUGUCAAUGGUCUUCCCAUUAUUCCUGAGAAUUUGUCUACUUUUACUCUGAACAAUAGUGCAAUUCUGGCAAUUUAGGCCUCGUAAGACAGUCUAUUGGUUAAUUUAUUACCCUGUGAUUGAAAAAAACAUUUCCUGUUGUCUGUCCUUUAUUGUAACUUGUGAGUUACAUUGGACCUUUUAUAGCAGUGAUUUGGAUUAAUGUCUUCCAUUUGUCCAGUAUUUUAAAUGUCUCACUAAGAUCAGCCCCGGUCAUGUCAGACUUACAGUGUUAUUAUAGUGAGGGCCCUCAACCUUUUCAGGAAUGAGAGGCGAUUUAGUUCUGGGGUGAUUUUUGUCUUUCUGUGCUAAAUCCUUUUCUGAGCGGUUAUCUUUUUGAAAAUGAGGUCUUAAUGCAUGGAAACUUUUAUCCAAAGGGGAGUUUAGCCAGCCUGUGAUGUACCCUUGGUGUGGCUCGUGCCCAUGACAUUAGGAAAGUAUAUCGUUCUUCGGCUGUGUUGAUGAAUAUGUCCAAAAUUUCUAUUUUGAAUGAACAGUAUGUUAAAAUUGAUGAAUGCAUCUUUGAGGUCGACUGCUGGAUGAAAUGGACUUGGUCUGAGGACGGGUUAUUGUUUUGAUAUUUUCUAUUUCUGGUUACCUUCCUCUUCACUGAGAAGGUAAAAGAUGGAGUGUCUUCACUGUCGUUCCCUUGAGACAGAAAAGAUGCUAGAAGGAAAAAUAUAUCAGAAAUAGAUUUUUCUGUGUUUGUGUGCUGCAAAGGUCAUAGGUUCUGGAAGUCUAAUUAUUGUUCCUUAAGUAAAGGUUAUAGUAUUUCAGCAUAAGAAUUUAAAGUAAUGUUUACCACAGUUCAGCCUCUCAAGGAAGAACAGCUAUAUAGAAGGCCUAAAAGAAUUUAACUAAAGAGGGAUACAAUAUUCAGGUUUACAGUAUUACCGGGUAAAUCCUUUGGUAUAUGCUCAUGUGCAACUAAUACAAUGUAUAUUUGAGCAGGAGAGAUGCUUUGUAUUACAAUUCAAUAACAGUAACAUAUAUCGGUGUAUUUAUGUAAGCAUUUCUGUGGAAGUAUUAAUGUACAGGCCAAAAUACCAUAUUAAAUUCAUGUCGAAGCUUCACUCGGCCGCCAUUUCCAUCUCGAUCAAACCUCACAGCACUUCCACCUUACACGUUGUAUAACAGUUAAUGCCUCUUGCCUAUCCCCUUUUGUACAAUACCGAUUUGAUGUAAAAGGUGGAUAGGCCAACUUGCCUUACUUUACCUUUAGACCACUUUAUAUUUGUAU